AUGAUUAAGAAUCUCAUCGCACGAGUGCAACGACAUAUAUCGGUUGGUGGUAAAAGCAAUGGCGUCACAGAUAUCAGCCGGGUCUGUCUUUUGAAUCUAUGCUCAGGACAGAUGAGUUUUUUGAUAAAAGUUUGGCAAACUUUCCACUUGUCUUUUGAUACAAUAGUGCCCUUAAGAUCCGAGGACGGCGACGGCAGCGAAGACGUUGCUGAAAUAGUGAAUUCUCGUUCUUUCAUACUUAGCUCGAGGCCACUAGCUUUGUCAAACGUAGGUAAACCGUCCUAAAGUUGAAUUCCCAAGAACCAUAUCCAAGUUCAGAAGGAGAGAGGAAAUUUCGUCGUCGCAUGUGUACUUCCUCUGUAAAGCGUGAAAUGAGGCAUUUUCACGUCGUACUCGUGCAGUGACGGCAAAGAAAUGUACAAAAAAGCGUGAUGCACGUGCAAAAUUGUUGGUUUGGUUAUUAAACUUAAAUUGCUUUUUUGAAGUUUUCUUUGCCGUCGCCAUCAUGGGAUCUUAACGUCGUCCCAAAUAUGAAUGCGAACUGCACUAUAUGAUGUCUAAGCUUCAUAACCGUGGUAAUGCAUGGUAAAACAAGAAAAAGAUGCAAAACUUACUUCUCGUAGGAUUCAGUAUACAUUUGUAAAACAACUAACGGCUCCACCUACUGGUUAUGCGUCACAACAAAGGCCAAAAGGCAUGUAGCUUUUUUCCUCUUGAAUAUUGAACACAAAAACUCGGUUAUUUCUGCUCCGUUAUGUUUUUAUUCAGCAGACUUUGACGUAUCGGGUGGUCUGUAAUCUCAACGAUUCCAUUUAAAGCUUUAUAACCUCAAACUUGUCAGAACACAAGCAAAAUCAUUGAGAGGUGAUCUAAUUAACAAGGGUCGGAAACUUUCUUGAGUACUUUUCAAGAGUUUUAAACACCCAAAAGGGUAUUUCAAGAAUUGAUAAACAUGAUGAAGUCGGCGUCAUGCUGUUUUUUUUUUUUUUUACAGCGGCAGAUGUUAUUAAGCGGAUCGGUACGUACUGUUAUGACACUGUGUACAGACACUCUAAUCCCCUCAGAAAAAAUCUCUCCCCGCUUUUUUCUGAGGGGAGGGGGGCGUCUGUACACAGGUUAAUAAAAGCGUGAGCGAAGAAUAAGCAGGAAGUGACUUGAUAGCGAAGGAGCGGAGAGUGCUGUGUUAUUUGAGCGGCAAAAAAGAGAGGAUCGGCAGAAAUAUUUUAAACUAAAAAGAAAUGACGACUGUUACGCCUGACUUGAAUUGAUGGGUGUAACUUUCGGCUUCAGGAUUGUCCACUGAGUUUCAAUGGAAAAUAUAUUUUUACUUCCUAUAGAAGUUACAAUUUAUCUAAAACUGAAAACAAUGAGUGAGCAAGAGAGGAUAAACCUCUCUUGGGCGGUGGUGAUGUACCUGACUUUCCGUAAAAUUUGUUUUUGGUUGCAUUACAACUUCUGGCGACGAUUCGGAUCGGCAUAACAUUAAGUACUAUACUUUUUUAAUCCCCGGAUAUGAAAAACAUAAGCAGGAACUAAAUAUUCGCAUAAACGGGUAAUUUCUUGUAUAAAAUUGAUUUGUGGUUCCACAAUGCCCCAGGAUCAAACCUCCUGUUGGUAUUAUUACAGUAAUUUCAGCACGUUACUGCUAUGAAAAUAUGCUUGAAUUACGAUUAAUUGAAUCUGUAACAAGGUUUUGGUUAAAAGUGUGGUUAAGUAGUUCAGCUUGUAUUGAUCAUAUCGUGAAAAUACCCAAUACAGUGGACAAUACGAGUAAAUCACCUGUUUUAAGACACAAUAUAGAAAGCAUUUAAAGUGAUACCCCAUCAACUAUAUUUUUCUCGCGCACAAAUUAAGUGGCUCAUUCCAAUGACCCCUUAUCCCAAACACAACAAGAAUAGUUCAGCAAAUCUCAUACGCGAGUGUUUUCGAUGGUUUACCAGUUACAAUCUUCGACAACUUUGCUACCGAGGAAAAGGAAGGUUCAGUGUAGGAAUGGACACUACCUAGAAGUUCGACCGGAUGGCACAGUUCGUGGAACGAAAAACCCUGAUAGCAUUUACAGUGAGUGAAAAGUAGUAGGAAAAAAAAGACAACAUCAACCAGCGAUCUGUUUAUUAAAAAAAUAUAGCGGGUUGCAGAAAGGGUUUUCUUAGCAGAAGUUAAAUGCUCAUGCAUUGAAAUCAGGUUGCUCCCGGAAAGCUCCAUCAAGAAAUUAAAAUUUGAAAUAGAAGUAAGGUAAACAAAUCCAGAAAAAAAUAAGUUUUCUUUGACGAGAAUUCGAACAAAUGAAGUUUGCAAUUGGUACACAUUAAAUUUUAAAUAAAAUCCUGAGCACGCCAGAGAUCUCGUACAGUUCGAUCAUCCCAGUUAUAGCCGCAAAAAUCUCUAUUUUCCCGGCAUUCGCAAUAUUUUUAUCAGUAACAAAUUUAAUAAAGGCAGUAGUAUUAUCACUAUUAUUUAUUACUUUACUUUUAGUCUAUAAAUUGUCAGGUAUCGUCGUCGCUCUUAUGACAUUCAUGACAACGUAGAAGCCACAAGCCAUCAACUUGGCUUACCAGCGAUAAACAUAUCUCUUGUGGCAUAUGACAAUGCUCUGACCAGCUUGACUGUAACUGUUAAUAAUAGGCAUAGCAGUUGCUACCUUCGUGGGAAGUAUAAUACUUGGUACAGCACCACUGUGCCAGAGAUAAUUGCCGAUGCAAUAAAAGCUUGAGCCGGAGUUUAAGGGUUAAGGUACGGAAAAAUGGGCAACAACAAAAUACAUGCAACUUGUCUUGUAACAUUACUGCAAAACGAGUUGAAGAGCGAUGUUGCGCGUUUUCAGUAUCACCCACAUAAAACCUAUCUUGCAGCAAAUCAGGUUCAGUGUUAACAGCUUUAAGCGUGGCUGGUAAAACGCGCAACGUCGCUUUUCAACUCGUUUUGAAGCAAUGUUGCAAGACAAGUUGCAAGUUUUUGUUGCCCGGUUUACCGAAGCUUUAGCUUUCGUUCGAUUUUCUGCCGCUUAACUCUACAAAUUAGGGGAUGGUUUUAUCCUUAGACUGCCUUACACACAAUAAGGGAAAACAUGAACGACUUGUUAGGUCAUCUCUUUUAAAUGUCCUUGUGCGAAGUCAAAUAACUGAUUCAUUGCAUACUUUUGACAGUUCAUUUUCUUUGUGGACAAAGUUAGACAGUCGUUACUUAAGAAAGGUUUUUAGUAACGAAAAAUUCUAACAGAGACGUUCACCUGGAGCCGAGUAUUUUAAAAUGGGUUCAUUCUCGUUUACUUUUUUUCGGCGCAUUAAAUCUGCGGUCCCCGAAAUCCCUCAGUUCAGGCGACCACACGGUAAAAAAUGACCCUGAAGCUCAUUAUAAGGAGUGUGGGCAAAAGACUGCGCUUUGUGCGCACUUCACGAUUUCUGAUUGGUUCAUUACAUCUCAGUUAUUUGUCUCGAUUUGCUGAUAUUUUAUGCGCCAGAUUUAGUAAAAAACAACUAACGGCAAAAGUUGAAAUUCCUUUGGGCAUUGUCCUUUUUGGAUUAAUAGUUGUUUCUUUUCUUUUUUAUUCUUGUAAGCUGUGUUUCAUCUCGACUCUGUGGGAUCUAACAUGACAACCCUGUGGGCUGCAGAGGCUGCUUUAUAUGUCGGCAUAGACAACCGAGGAAAUAUUAUUACCUCAGUGAGUACUAGUUUGUUUUGUCAUUUUCAUCGGUUAAAUAAAGUUUCUAUUUUAAUUAACUAAUUUAUUGUUAUCUUUAGUUUUACAACUGUUAGGUUUGCCCGUUUUUCUAAUUGAUAUUUCAAUUAUUGAUAGAAUGGUUACAUUUAAAAUAAAAAAAAUAAAAAAAUGGUUAUUUACAGUUGCAUUUCUGCAGAGGACAGGUGACACUGUUUCAGUAAUAUUGUAUGAUCACAUGAUAUCAACUGUGUCGUACGGUUCUGGUAUGUCUCUCUUAAUUUACCAACAAUGGGUUUCAAAUUCAUUUCCAGGCGACUAAGAUUUCAGCCUGCACACUACGCGAGAGCAUGGACACGGAAUUCUUUAACAGCUUUGCCAUGGAGUUUUCCCCACGACGACUGCAUUGGCUGUCAAUAUCAGCACAAGGAAAAGUACGAUCGUCUAUCUUGACCUCCUCACGGAAUGUACAGUUCAUUACAAAACCACUGCAUUGA